AUGCCCGGAUUUGUUCCAAAGCCAUGUGCAUGGGACCAAUACUGGGAUGAGGACUCACCGGUAUACUUCUUUCUUGGAGAUUUCUAUGACAUGGAAAUCCAAAAGGCGCCAGAACCAGAAGACUUUGCGGCUAAAGGCGGCGAGUUGGUGCCAGAGCCAGAACGCUUUGCUGCUAAAGUUGCUGAGCUUCAUAUCAAGGGCAACUCUCCUACUGGUAAGUUUGGAUUCUUUGUUCCAACUGCGUGUGGGAUUUUUGAGCGAACAGUAAAGUGGGAAUCGAGCUGGACCAAGUGCUGUACCAACCAGGUCCAGGAUGUUAUCAGAUAUGACAAUGAGACAAACGGCAUAUGGCCCCAGUUCGAUGCCGCCUGUAAGCAAGUCAUCGAUGCUGUUAUUCCGCGGCUCCUGGGAGUUUUACAGUCUGGUGGCCGGUCUAUUAAGCCGGCCUUGAUCCACAGUGACUUAAGGGAGCAGAACGUCGGGAUUGAUAAUGAGACUCGUGAGACUAUUGUCUUCGACCCCGGCUGCACAUAUGCUCAUAAUGAAAUGGAAUUUGGAACAUGGAGGUGCUCAUGGGCGCGUCAGUUUAGAGUUCCGAUAUAUAUGGAGCUCUAUCAACGAUAUAUUAAACCUUCAGAUCCACAGAGCGAGUGGGAUGACCGGAAUAGACUUUACAGUCUACCUCCAUACCUCAAUGAUUCCGCUGGACACCCGGGAAGCAUUUCAAGAUCGAUGUGUGUACUCUUUUAUCGAGCUCGUCCAAUCUAA